UGUUUUUUUUCCAAGACUCCUUACUUGCCAAAUUGCAAGAUCCACCGCGACUUAUUAGAAUGCAUGGAAUUAUUAUUCAUCAGAAUCUUUAAUUCAACACUACUACAUCUUUUGUCUUUUCAUAUAUUUCCUUAAACUUCUUAUUCUAAUAAUUUAUUUAGGAGUACUCUCGUAGUUUCCAAGUUUAGUAUAAAUAAGUGGGAAACCUAAACAAUAUUUGUAACUCACUCCCCUCAUACUACAACAUUUAGACACACAGAAAAGUAGUAAAAGCAGAAAAAAGGGGAGUGAAUUAUGGGACGAUAUGAAGAUCAAUUACCAGCGAUAGUAAUGGUGUUAUUGCAAUGUGUAUAUGCAAUUAUGGCGUUAUUAAAUAGGGCUGCCCUUGUUAAAGGCAUGAGUCCUAGAGUUUUCAUGUUCUAUAGACAAGCAAUUGCCACUUUGGUCAUGUCUCCUGUUGCCUUUUUUGCAAGGGGAAAAUCAACUAGUUGUAGCAUGGGAUUUAGGACUUUUCUCUUAAUUUUCGUCACCGCUUUUGUUGGAGUGGUGUUAAAUCAGACUAUGUACUUUGAAGGAUUAUACAUGGCAUCAUCAUCGAUUGCAAGUGCCAUGUCUAAUUUGGUUCCUGCAGUUACCUUCUUGACAGCAGCCAUCAUGGGGUUGGAGCAGGUGCAUGUGAAGAAGUUGAGCAGCUUGGCUAAGAUGCUAGGGACUGCCUUUUGUGUGAUUGGAGCAGGCUGCAUGGCUUUAUUAAGGGGGCCGAAAUUACUAAAUGUCCAACUCCCACCAGCAGCUAACUCUGUUGUGCUCAAGUCAUUUGGAGGUGAUGACACUUGGUUGCUUGGCUGUCUUUUUAUCUUUGCAAGCAUGUGUUGCUGGUCCUUCUGGCUCAUUUUGCAGGUACCGUUAACAGCAUGUUAUCCGAACCAUUUAUCUCUCUCAGCGUGGAUGUGUUUCCUUUCUAUGUUGCAAUCUGGGGCAAUUGCUUUGCUCUUAGAACGCGAUCCAGCAGCUUGGAAUUUGAGCUCAAAUCUUGAACUCACUUGCUGUUUCUUUUCAGGAAUAUUUGGAUCUGGAGUACAAUUCUUUGCUCAAGCUUGGUGUAUCUCACGGCGAGGUCCACUUUACUCUGCCAUGUUCAACCCUCUAUGCACUGUCAUAACUACUGUCAUGGCAUGCAUAUUUCUUCAUGAAGAACUUUACGUUGGCAGUAUAUUAGGAGCUGCUGCAGUGAUCAUUGGCCUAUAUACUGUGUUAUUGGGUAAAGCUAGGGAGAUGAAAGAAAAAUUAUUAGAAUCUGAGGAUUUCGUAAGUAAUCCAUCCAAAGCAGCACAAGAGAAGGCAAGCUUUAAGAUCGAUGAUCUAGAGCAGCCAUUAUUGGCAGAUAUUUGUAACGAUCAAGUUUAGAUUUAGUUGUAAAUGAUAAAUUAUAUUAUAUUCUUAUAUGUACUUAAACCCAAUUUUUUUGACCAUGCUCUAUAUGGCAGGAUAGAGUGUAUAGUAGCAAGUUACAUAGACGCCAUUGAGAAUAGAGGAUGUGUCAACUUUAUUGAUUAGUAGUAUAUUAUAGUUAUAUUAUCUUUGCCCUUGACUCUAUUUGAUCAGUGAGAUGUAUAAUACACGAUAUUUAAUAAGAUUAUCUUCAUCAGA